CUAAAUGCGCGCAUUGCCCAAUGCGAAGGAGGUGUUUGCACUGUGAAGUGUUUUGUCGUUCUGGGAAAGGAAUAAUCUUUUGCCACUGAAAGUUACGUGAUAUCUCAUUCAGCGUCUUUAAUACAGAUAAUCAAAAUGGGAUCAUGGGCCUACUUUGAUCCUGAGUAUGAAACCUUAAGCAUCCGGAUAAAUCCCCCACAGGUUUCUGUGGACAACUCUACUUGCAAGGACUGUACUCUUGUCAAGGUUGACAGCGUGAACAGACCGGGGAUACUGCUGGAGGUUGUUCAAGUCCUUACUGACCUCGACCUUAUAAUUACCAAAGCUUACAUUUCCUCUGAUGGCGGGUGGUUUAUGGAUGUGUUUCAUGUCACCGAUCAGCAAGGGCAAAAGAUUAGUGAUACAAGGAUUAUUGAACAGAUCGAAAAGGCUUUGGGACCAAAGGGCUACAUCUCGGGCGUAUUGAAGACCCAACCGGGAAAAAUGUCGGGUUCGAACUCUCCAAGUGAUUACACUGCUAUUGAGGUGAUCGGCCGGGACCGUCCAGGGCUCUUGUCGGAAAUUUCUGGAGUGCUCGCCACUCUCCAAGUCAACGUUGCCGCUGCUGAGGUUUGGACACACAACAGGCGCGUAGCUUGCAUUCUUUAUGUCAAUGACAAUGCGUCAAACUGUGGGGUGAGUAACAAUUGCUUGAGACUAUCUACUAUAGAGGAGCAGAUUAAAAACAUUUUUCGUGGUUGCGGCAACAAUGAUGAAGUUGCUCGGGCUAGCUUCUCCAUGGGCUCUGUCCAUGUCGACAGACGGCUCCACCAGCUGUUAUUUUCCGACAGGGACUAUGAGGGCGCUUUGUCCACCGAGCAACUGGAUAAUGUUAUCAAGCCGAAUGUAACAAUCGAUAGGUGCAAAGAAAAAGGUUACUCCGUGAUUACUGUCCGGUGCAAAGACAGACCUAAGCUCAUGUUCGACAUCGUGUGCACGCUUACGGAUAUGCAGUUUGUCGUCUUCCACGCCACGGUCUCAUCAGAGGGGCAUUAUGCAUCACAGGAAUACUACAUUCGGCAAAUGGAUGGUUGCACGCUCGACACGGAGGGAGAGAAAGAAAAGGUCAUCAAAUGCCUAGAAGCUGCAGUGAGGCGACGCGUUAGCGAGGGCCUGAGCUUGGAACUGCAAGCGAAGGACCGGGUUGGACUACUAUCCGAAGUGACGCAGGUCCUCCGUAAGAACGGACUGUCUGUGACCAGAGCUGGUGUGACAACCGUCGGGGAGCAAGCUGUGAGCGUGUUCCAUGUGAGCCACGCGACCUCCGGGAAGGCGGUCGAUGCGGAAACGAUCGACGAAUUGCGGAAGCAAAUCGGGAAGUCGAUGAUGCUGAAGGUGAAGGAGGCCAACGCUUGUUACAACUACAACACUAAAUCGGGUGAUGAAGCAGCAAGUGGAUGGACAAAAACUGGCUUCUUCUUCGGACAUUUGCUUGAGAAAUUCUUUCCUUAGGACUAAACAAUCCUUCUCAGAGUCAACUUCUUGCUGUGUAAUGAAAAAAGGAAGAAUUCAGGUUAGGAUUAAGCAGAAAAUUUUGAAAGUCAACCAGCCCCCAUAGUUGUUUCAUUUGCUUCAAAUUUAAUUGGGAAAUUUUAGUAGAGGGUGGUAAAAUAUGAUAGUAGAAAUUUCGAAACAUGAAAUGAUAAGAUAUUUAACGUGUGGGACAUCUUUUCUGUUUUGUAGUGGAGGCCACUGAUAAUAGCUUCAUUGAUUUUA